AUGAUUCCAAAGGAAUUAAUUUGUCAAGUUGAUGAAAACUCCUCUGAUGAAUGUGUGGAAAAGAAAAUUAUUUAUUUCUGUGGUAAUUCACUUGGACUUCAACCAAAGUGCCUUUCAAAGAAUAUUGAAAAGGAAUUACAAAAGUGGGCACAUAUUGGUGUUGAAGGACAUUUCAGUGCAUCGUUUGGAACUAACAAAUGGUUUGAAGUUGAAGAAUCUGUGAAGAAUGCAAUGGCUAAGGUUGUUGGAGCUAAACCAAUUGAAGUUACUGUUAUGAAUAGUUUAACUGCUAAUUUACAAGUUUUACUCACUUCUUUCUAUAGACCAACUGCACAAAAAUACAAGAUUUUAGUUGAACAAUAUCCAUUCCCAAGUGAUAUGCAUGCUGUGACCUCUCAUGUCAGAUGCAGAAUUGAAGAAUUGAGAAGUAUGUUGGGAAGUCAUUUGUCAAGUGAUGAAAUUGUUGAAAAGUGUAUCACUCUUGUUGGUCCAAGAGAAGGAGAAGAAAUUAUUAGAUCUGAAGAUAUUGUGGAAUGUUUAAAGAGUGAUUCCUCUAUUGCACUUUCACUUGUUGGAGGAGUUCAAUUCAUGACUGGUCAAUGUUUUGAUAUGAAAACUAUUGCACAAACUUGUCAAGAGUUGGAUAUUGUUUGUGGAUUUGAUUUGGCACAUGCUGCUGGUAAUAUUGAUUUGAGACUUCAUGAUUGGGGAGUUGAUUUUGCAUGUUGGUGUUCUUACAAGUAUUUGAAUAGUGGACCAGGUGGAAUUAGUGGAAUUUUUGUACAUGAAAAACAUUCAAAUGAAACUAUGGAACAAAGACCAAGAUUUAUGGGUUGGUGGGCAAGAGAAAAGGCAACUCGUUUUUCACUUUCGACCAAGUUUGAACCUCAACCAGGUGCAGCUGGAUUCCAAAUGUCGAAUCCUUGCAUUUUAAGUAUGACUGCUAUUCUUUCGAGUUUGAGAGUUUUUGAAAUGGCUGAAAAAGAUGGCCAAAUAAUGAGCGUUUUGAGAAGCAAAUCUAAUUUGUUAACUACUUAUUUAGAAUUGCUCAUUAGACAAGAGUUGAGUGACAAGAUCUUUAUCCUCACACCAUCAAAUCCAAAUGCUAGAGGUUGUCAAUUAUCUAUUAGAGUUUUGCACAAGAAUUUGGACUAUGUUGAUUCUGAACUCAAGAAGAGAGGAGUCAUUAUUGACAUUAGAGAGCCAGAUAUUAUCAGAGUAUCUCCAACACCUCUCUAUAAUCAAUUUGUUGAAGUUUAUGAUUUUGUUCAACUUUUGAAAGAAAUUUUGAAUUAA